AGAGAGGAAGACACAGGGAGGGAGAGAGAGAGAGAGAGAGAGUGAGAAAUACAGCGUGGGAGGAGGACUACAACCGCUAGCCUUAACAAACAAGUGCCCAUGGCCACAAGGUUAAAAGAGAAAAAGGCUUCAGCUGACACUAGAGAGUGAAGAAGAUAAGGAGAAAGGACAUCAGCAGAACCUGACCAAGUGAACCAGGAGUUAAUAAGUGCAGGCGGAUGAUGAACGAAGGGUGAGACGACUACGAGGAAGCUUUACUAAGGGAGAAAUUACACUUUUCAAUGUGAGAGCAUUUCCUUGCAUCAUGAACUAAUAGGAAUUUAUCACUCGCUGUCUGUAUAAACAGUAGAGCUAGGUAGUCUCAGACCUACAGGACAGUGAAUUAAACAAACCAGCAACUACUGAGCACUAGCACAUGUGUACAUACUGCUGCGGACCCUUAGCAGCUCUAGGGAGCUGGUGGAACUUGACGGGACAUGGAAGUACAACAGACUUUCAUUCCAGUAGGAAUGCAUUUCAUUUUUUGAAAAUCUGAGAAGUAGCACUUCACUGUUGUUUUUCUUUGUGAAGGCUUUGACACUAUACAUUUGAUUUAUGUGUUUGUGACUAGCACAGUCGUCCGUUCAUCAGUCAGUAGAACAGCGUUGAUAUUUUUAGCCUCUAUUUAGUUUGACACAUAUUCAUGGGCAUCUGUGUGGAACCAUCUAAUCUUUUGUUUGCAGCAAUGGAGUAAAUAAUGUUACACCUUUAAAGCUUGUAACUGAAGCCCAGUUAAGGACAGAUUCUGAUACAGUUGGGGUAGCUGUGUGCAGACUACCUGGCCAGACUCAAGAGCCUUGCAAAGCGCUACUCAUGAAAGAAGGACACCAUCAAUACAUCUACUGCUACUGAAGAGGUUCCAUCUAAAAAUCUCUUUUGCUGCACCUCUUUCACUUAAGGAAUUACUGGAUCCACAAUUAAAUCUAACUGCCUUCGAGUUCUAGUGGGUCUCAUAUAGACAAUUGCCAAAAGACUGUAAGACAACGGAGAGACUGGUGAAGCCAUGCUCAGAGCACUCUUUCAAAGGAAGCCUAAACAUGAGAGGCUAGAAGAAGAACCUGAAGUCAGAUUUAAAGGCUUGCUGGUGUCGGAGAGAGACCUGGGAUACACAUAUGUACGACCUGGAGGCUCCGACUACUCUCCACCUCCACCUCUGCCACGGCCUCCUCCCCCCGGCUUGACCAAUGAGCACAGCGGCAGCAGUAGCCGAAGUGACCAUGGCGGAGGAGGGGGCGGGGUCAACCAUGGAGUUGGCGUCGUGGGCCUGGCACCGGAGCACAUCCCUACACCCGGGGCGGCGCUGAGCUGGCAGGCAGCUAUCGACGCUGCACGUCAGGCCAAGAUGAUGGGCAAUGCGGCGUCAGGUGGAGGAGCGGGGCUUGGAUCGGGAGGGGUCGGGCCCAUCUCCACAGCCAGCUCCACACAAAGAAAGAGACAACACUAUAGCUCUAAGCCCAAGAAACAGACAACGACGACGGCCACAAGGCCGCCACGGGCACUACUCUGUCUCACACUCAAGAACCCCAUUCGCAGGGCCUGCAUCAGCAUUGUAGAAUGGAAACCAUUUGAAAUCAUUAUCCUGAUGACCAUUUUCGCCAACUGUGUGGCCUUAGCCGUCUACAUCCCCUUCCCUGAGGAUGACUCCAAUGCCACCAACUCCAAUCUGGAACGUGUGGAGUAUCUGUUUCUCAUCAUUUUCACUGUUGAGGCAUUCCUUAAGGUAAUAGCCUACGGCCUGCUCUUCCACCCCAACGCCUACUUGAGGAACGGCUGGAAUCUGCUUGACUUCAUCAUUGUAGUCGUAGGGUUAUUCAGUGCGAUUUUGGAACAGGCCACCAAAGGGGAUGGGGCCACUCCCAUCGGAGGGAAAGCAGCGGGCUUUGAUGUCAAGGCUCUGAGGGCAUUCAGAGUACUCAGACCCCUCAGACUGGUCUCUGGAGUACCCAGUUUACAGGUAGUGUUGAACUCCAUAAUCAAAGCCAUGGUUCCCCUGCUCCAUAUCGCCCUGCUGGUCCUCUUCGUCAUCAUCAUCUACGCCAUUAUCGGCUUGGAGCUCUUCAUGGGCAAGAUGCACAAGACCUGCGUUUACAAGCAUCUAGGUACAAUUGCAGAGGAGAAGCCAGCACCGUGUGCACCUGAUGGAGCUUACGGUCGGCACUGUACACACAACGGGACAGAGUGCAGAAUGGGAUGGGAGGGCCCCAACGACGGCAUCACCAACUUUGACAAUUUUGCCUUUGCCAUGCUGACGGUGUUCCAGUGUAUAACUAUGGAGGGCUGGACUGACGUACUAUACUGGGUAAACGAUGCAGUAGGUUACAUGUGGCCUUGGGUGUAUUUUGUCACCUUAAUCAUCAUCGGGUCCUUCUUUGUGCUAAACUUGGUUCUGGGGGUGUUGAGCGGAGAGUUUUCCAAAGAGAGGGAGAAGGCCAAGGCACGUGGUGACUUCCAGAAACUCAGAGAAAAACAGCAACUGGAGGAGGACCUCAAGGGCUAUUUAGACUGGAUCACUCAGGCUGAAGACAUUGACCCAGAGAAUGAGGAAGAAGGCAUGGACGAUGACAAACCCAGAAACCUGAGCAUGCCAGCCAGUGAAAAUGAGUCAGUCAACACAGACAAUGCCCCGGGGGGAGACGUAGAGGGGGAGACCUGCUGUACCCGGCUAGCAAAUAGGAUCUCCAAAUCCAAGUUCAGUCGUUACUCUCGAAGGUGGAACAGACUGUGUCGGAGAAAGUGUCGGGCAGCGGUCAAAUCACAGGUUUUCUAUUGGCUCGUUAUUUUCCUGGUUUUCCUCAACACUCUGACAAUUGCCUCUGAACAUCACCAGCAGCCUCAGUGGUUAACUGAUGUACAAGAUAUAGCCAAUAAAGUGUUGCUAGCCCUCUUCACUGGUGAAAUGCUGUUGAAAAUGUACAGUCUGGGCUUACAGGCCUACUUUGUUUCGCUGUUUAAUCGCUUUGACAGCUUUGUAGUAUGUGGAGGAAUUCUUGAGACGAUUCUGGUGGAGACCAAGAUCAUGUCUCCUCUCGGCAUCUCUGUGUUGCGCUGUGUACGUUUACUACGAAUCUUCAAAAUAACCAGAUACUGGAACUCCCUGUCCAACCUGGUAGCCUCCCUUCUAAACUCAGUUCGCUCCAUCGCUUCCCUGUUGCUGCUGCUCUUCCUCUUCAUCAUCAUCUUCUCACUGCUCGGCAUGCAGCUCUUUGGGGGAAAAUUUAACUUCGACGAGACCCGACGCAGCACAUUUGAUAAUUUUCCCCAGUCUCUGCUCACUGUGUUUCAGAUCCUAACAGGAGAGGACUGGAACUCUGUGAUGUAUGAUGGCAUCAUGGCGUAUGGGGGGCCAUCUUUUCCUGGCAUGCUUGUCUGCAUCUACUUCAUCAUCCUCUUCAUCUGCGGAAACUAUAUCCUACUGAAUGUCUUCUUGGCCAUCGCUGUAGACAAUCUGGCAGAUGCUGAGAGCCUGACAUCUGCCCAGAAAGAAGAGGAAGAGGAGAAGGAGAGGAAAAAACUGGCCAGAUUGGCUAGUCCCGAGAAGCGACACGACAACGAGAAGCCACCUUUGGAAGAAGAGAAGAAGGAGAAGAUAGAGCUGAAAUCCAUCACUUCAGAUGGAGAAACCAACACUGCUACUAAGAUCAACAUGGAUGACUACUGUGGAGAUGAGAGUGAAGAGAAGAAUCCAUAUCCUGCAAAUGAUUAUAUAGUAGGGGACGAGGAGGACGAAGAGCCAGAGAUGCCUGUGGGCCCAAGGCCACGGCCACUGUCUGAUAUUCAGUUAAAGGAGAAGGCCGUCCCCAUGCCUGAGGCCCGUGCUUUCUUCGUCUUCAGCCAUACCAACAAAUUCAGGGUUCUGUGCCAUAAAAUCGUCAACCACAACAUCUUCACCAACCUCAUCCUCUUCUUCAUCCUGCUCAGCAGCAUCAGUCUGGCAGCAGAGGACCCAGUCAAGAAUGAUUCCUUCAGAAACCAGAUCCUGGGAUAUGCUGACCAUGUCUUCACUGGACUCUUCACUAUAGAGAUCAUACUUAAGAUGACAGCGUAUGGAGCCUUCCUCCACAAAGGUUCAUUCUGUAGGAACUAUUUCAACAUCCUGGAUCUGGUGGUCGUGAGUGUGUCCCUCAUCUCCUCUGGAAUACAGUCCAGCGCCAUCAAUGUUGUGAAGAUCCUGAGAGUCCUGCGGGUGCUCAGACCACUGAGGGCCAUCAACAGAGCCAAAGGACUUAAGCAUGUUGUGCAAUGCGUGUUCGUGGCCAUCAGAACCAUUGGCAACAUUGUCAUCGUCACCACGUUGCUCCAGUUCAUGUUUGCCUGUAUUGGAGUACAGCUCUUUAAGGGCAAGUUUUUCUUCUGCACCGACAGCUCUAAACAAACCCAAGCAGAGUGCAGGGGUUCCUACAUCAUGUACAAAGACGGUGAUGUAGGGAAGCCUGAAAGAGCCCUGAGAAUCUGGGAGAACAGUGAAUUUAACUUUGACGAUGUCCUACAAGGCAUGAUGGCUCUGUUUGCCGUGUCCACCUUUGAGGGCUGGCCAGGGUUACUAUACAAGGCCAUAGACUCUCAUGCAGAGGAUGUUGGGCCCAUCUACAACUACCGUGUGGUCAUCUCUAUCUUCUUCAUCAUCUACAUCAUCAUCAUUGCCUUCUUCAUGAUGAACAUCUUUGUGGGUUUCGUCAUUGUCACAUUCCAGGAGCAAGGAGAACAGGAAUAUAAAAACUGUGAGCUGGACAAGAACCAGCGUCAGUGUGUGGAGUAUGCCCUAAAAGCCCGUCCACUCCGGCGCUACAUCCCUAAGAAUCCCUACCAGUACAAGGUGUGGUAUGUGGUUAACUCCACCUACUUUGAGUACCUGAUGUUCACGCUCAUCCUUCUCAACACCAUCUGUCUGGCAAUGCAGCAUCAUGGACAGACGAAAAAUUUCACUGAUGCCAUGAACAUCUUAAACAUGCUCUUCACUGGACUCUUCACUGUGGAGAUGAUCCUCAAAUUGAUCGCCUUCAAACCAAGGGGGUACUUUAGUGAUCCCUGGAAUGUGUUUGAUUUCCUCAUCGUAAUUGGCAGCAUUAUAGACGUCAUUCUCAGUGAGAUCAACCAUUAUUUUGUUGAUGCAUGGAACACAUUUGAUGCCUUGAUAGUUGUGGGUAGCAUUGUUGACAUAGCCAUCACUGAGGUUAACCCAGCUGACUCCUCCUCGUCCUCGUCCUCCUCCUCUUCGUCCUCCUCCUCCUCCUCUUCCUCCUCUCACCCCCCUGUGGUAAGGCCAAUGGUACGCUCCAACGGUAACCUCGUCCGCCUCCCUGCCUCCUCCACCAUCCCUCCAUCCCUCCAUCCUUCCAUCCCUCCUUCUGCUCCGCCAUCCAUGGGACUGCAGAACUCUGAAGAGAACGCCAGGAUCUCCAUUACCUUCUUCCGGCUGUUCCGCGUGAUGAGGCUGGUGAAGCUGCUGUCUCGCGGGGAAGGGAUUCGGACCCUGCUGUGGACCUUCAUCAAAUCCUUUCAAGCUCUGCCCUACGUAGCUCUGCUAAUAGUGAUGCUAUUCUUCAUAUAUGCUGUCAUUGGCAUGCAGAUGUUUGGUAAGAUAGCGCUGCGGGACCACACGCAGAUCAACAGGAACAACAAUUUCCAGACGUUCCCUCAGGCAGUACUGCUGCUCUUCAGAUGUGCAACAGGUGAAGCCUGGCAGGAAAUCAUGCUGGCGUGCAAAACCAAUCGGCCAUGUGAGAAAGGAUCGACCAAUGAGAACAGCACAUCCAGCGAGGACUGUGGCAGCCAGUUUGCCAUCAUUUACUUUGUCAGCUUCUACAUGCUCUGUGCCUUUCUGAUCAUCAACCUGUUUGUGGCUGUCAUCAUGGACAACUUUGAUUACCUGACACGUGAUUGGUCAAUCCUGGGGCCACAUCAUCUCGAUGAAUUCAAGAGGAUCUGGGCUGAAUAUGACCCUGAGGCUAAGGGCAGAAUAAAGCAUCUUGAUGUGGUUACUUUGCUUCGGAGAAUUCAGCCUCCUCUUGGCUUUGGAAAGCUUUGUCCCCACAGGGUGGCCUGCAAGCGUCUGGUGUCCAUGAACAUGCCUCUGAACAGUGAUGGAACAGUGAUGUUCAACGCCACUCUGUUCGCUCUGGUCAGAACAGCUCUCAGGAUCAAGACGGAAGGUAACCUGGAGCAGGCCAAUGAGGAACUGAGAGCAAUAGUGAAGAAGAUCUGGAAAAGAACCAGCAUGAAGCUCUUGGAUCAAGUAGUGCCCCCUGCUGGUGAUGAUGAGGUAACAGUCGGGAAGUUCUACGCCACCUUCCUGAUCCAAGAAUAUUUCCGCAAAUUUAAGAAGAGGAAAGAACAAGGGCUGGUGGCCAAGGUGCCCCCAAAAACCGCCCUUUCUCUGCAGGCUGGCCUGCGGACAUUGCAUGACAUAGGCCCAGAAAUUCGGAGGGCCAUUUCUGGAGACCUGACUGUGGAGGAAGAGCUGGAUAAAGGCCUGAAGGAGCCUGUGUCAGCUGCAUCCGAGGACGAUAUCUUCAGGCGUACGGGUGGAUUGUUUGGCAAUCACGUCAACUACUAUAAUCAAAGUGAUGGCCGCGCAUCCUUUCCACAGUCCUUCACUACCCAGCGUCCUUUGCAUAUCAGCCAGAAGGGCUCACCCUGUGAAGGAGAGAGCCCGUCCCAUGAGAAGCUCAUGGACUCCACCACGUUCACCCCUUCCUCUUACUCGUCAUCAGGCUCCAAUGCCAACAUAAACAAUGCCAAUAACACUGGCAUGGCUGGGGUAGCAACCAAGGGCAUCAGUCGAUUCCCAAGCCCAUCCAUAAGCACCGUGGAUGGGCACACGGGGCAGCCACUCACUCCCAUCCUGCUGCCAAGAUCUGCAUGGUGCUUUCCUCCAAAGAGGACGUGUUUUUAUGACUCCCUCAUGCGCUCGGAUUCGAGUGACAGCCGUCUGCCAAUCAUCCAGAGAGGGGAAGGGUCAACAGAGGAGACAUACGAUGAAAGCUACGGCGACGACAGGGAGUACCACAAGGAUGAGCACUCUCUCUCCUCUGACAUGCUGGUGUAUCAUGAUGAAGCAUGUAAGCAGCUGACUCCCAUGGAGGAAGGAGAGGAGGUAGAGGAGAGAAGAGGAGGAGGGUGCCAGUCUCCGAGGAGAGUCUUCCUCUGUCCCACUUCUCUGGGCCGUAGAUCCUCCUUCCAUCUGGAGUGUCUCAGGAGACAAUCAAGGCCAGAUGUGUCGCAGAAGACGGCGGUUCCCUUACAUCUUGUACAUCAUCAGGCUUUGGCAGUGGCAGGUUUGAGUCCCCUUCUACGAAGGAGUCACUCACCUACCCUCUUCAGCCGGCUGUGCUCCACGCCUCCAGCCAGUCCCACAGGUCAUGGCAGUGAUGCCUCCUACCAGCGGGUGCCCUCUCUGAGGCUCGAGGGCUCCAACUCCCAUGAAAAGCUUAAUACUAGCUUACCCUCUGUCAACUGCGGGCCCUGGUACAGUGACAGUAAUGGAAACAGUCGAGGGUCUAGCCCUUGUCCCAGCUCCAGUGUCCCUGUGUCUACUGAAAGACCUCGGCCAGUGUCGCUCACGGUGCCCUCACUACUGGGAAAGGACUCCAGCUUGUUGUCACAUGGCAGCGCAGGCAGCCUAGUAGAGGCGGUGCUAAUAUCAGAGGGUUUGGGUCACUUUGCCCAGGAUUCGUCGUUCAUCGAGGCGACCAAAGCUGAGUUGGCCGACGCCUGCGACAUGACCAUUGAGGAAAUGGAGCACGCUGCCAACAGCAUCCUCAAUGGCGACACCACUGCAAACGCUGCAUCUAGCACCACCUCCACCUCCCAGCACAGCUCCAAUGGCAAUCUCCUACCCUUUCACACAACAGCAGCAGCAAUGCACAUGGACCGAGUAGUCAGCUUGAGUCCAAAUGAGGGUGAGGAAGAGGCUGGAGGAAGCCGAGCGUCUGUCCAUGGACCGUCCUCUCUGGAGGAGCGGCAGGAGCUGCUAGCGGAAAGCAGAGGACAGGAGGAGGAGGAGGAGGAGGAGGAGGAGGCAGAGGCUGAAGGGAGCGAGGAGGAGCACCACAGAAGCUCGGUUGCGGUUGGAGGAGCGCGGCAGAGAAACAGCGGGCUCUUGGAGGACGAUGAUUCGGAGUGUGUGACAAGUUUGUAGAAGCCAGCUGGAUAUGUUUGGCUGGCUCCCUCUGACGUCCUCAGAGACUGAUGCUUGUCAGUGCCGGUAGCUGCACUGUGGCUGGCUCUGUCUGUCCCCACCUCUCCCACACACACCCUGUCUGCCUCUUAGUCAGACGUAACUAGUCUGGGCGAUGGCGGCCAGUGACGCAACACUUGGUUAAGACUUUGUCACGUUAUAUGAGUUUGUGUGUGUGAAUGUUUCUAGUAAAGCAUACCACACAAUACUCUGUACUAUCCGAGUGUAUGUCUGUGCGCGUAUGCGACCUAUGAUUUUCUCUUUUGUAUGUGUAUGUGUGUGCUCUCCACACGUCUGAGUGUGUCUCUAAAGUGCCUCACAGUUUUAUCAUGUCCUCAAAGUGUGACGAGCAGAAACGCAGAGACGGGCAAAAAAGGACAGAGUAUGAAGAAGAGGUGGAACGGGAGGAAGAGAGGCAGGAAGCUGUUUUUUCUGCAAUUGAAAGUGUUUGUUUUCAUUUUCUAUGCCUACUUUAGUGUGUGUCAUUGUUGUUUAUCUGGCUGCCAUGAAGCCAGGUAGGGGACAGCAGACCAGCUUUUGGAGGGGGGUCAGUUAAAGUUUUAAGUCUGACCACACCAACUCCUCCUCCUUGGUUCACUGAUGCUGAAGCGCUGUACAACAGGGCAAGGAACACCCUGGUUGAAAUCUUAUUUCUCCUUCUCUUCCAAAGCUAAGGAACAUCGGAGCACAGCCCUGCCAGCCAGAGGGUUGGGUUGAAGGUGAUGCACCACCCCAAGCCACGGGUGGAAGGAUUUGAGGGAUGGACCUACAGCCACAACAGGGCUGCUUUAGGCGGGCACAGGCAGAGGGACUCUCGCCAGUUCUUUUUUCAGCUGGUCAACCAGACGCCAGCAGGAGUCAAACUCUCCUCGUCUGUCACCUCGAUCUGGCCUCGCUCCUCCUCGGCUGCUUUUCCUUGUUUGGUCACGCCCACUUCCUGCCUAAAGCAGGAAAUGGGAGGAGCAUGUGGUGGCUAAGCAUAGACAGCACGCCGCCUUUCUGCCUCAUACCUUGCCGUUCCUCACUCCUCCCUCUCUCCUUCCUCCCUCCUCUUUGGUCAUACCGCCAUCCCUCUCCCUCCAUCGCUGGGUUUUUGCUUUUUCAGCCCUUGGGGAGAUGUGUGCGUCAAACAGGGCGACAGAGACUGAAGGGUGGAGGAGACCACGGGAGUGACUGAUUGAAAAGUAAACAGACUUUGGGCAUGGAUCCAUACCUGACCGGCCCAUCAAUCAACCUCACUUUCUUCUCCAAGACCCUCCUCUUCCUCUCAGCGUGGAAUAGUAUGGGAUUUGCUGCCACACACUCUCUACAGACCACACCCACUAUGUAUUUAACAGUUCAAUAUUGUGCAAAACUGGCUAGCCAUGACUAUUUUGUUUUUUAUUCAUGAUGUUACUGGUUUAAUUUAUCCUUGAUUUGUUUGCACAAUCGGGGUGCUGGUCUUAUAAAUGUAUUUUUGCUCGGUUUAUUUUAGAAGACUUUUAAGAGGUUUUAAGUAUCGAAGCAGGGCGUAGUGUUUGCGUGUGCGUGUAUAACUAUAUUUGUGUGUGCGGACGUGUGUCUGCAUUUUAGUACAGGAUGCAUGAGUGUGUGACUGUGUGAGAUAGUGUGUGUAUCUAAAAGAGGGUUCUUUCUCUCUAUCAGUAUGCACCUUUUACAGAUUGUAUCUAUUUAUUUAUUUAUUUUUCCCAGAAGAGAAAAAAAUGUGCGAGCGAGCGUGUGUUUGUAUGCGUGUGCGUUUGCCAGUGUUUGAGUGGUUACUUAUCUAUUCUAAAAAGCUGAUUUUAAGCAUAGACAGUAAAUUAAGGUAGCAUUACAAGUAUGGUGUGUGUGUGUGUGUGUGUGUGUGUGUGUGUGUGUGUGUGUGUGUGUGUGUGUGUGUGUGUGUGUGUGUGUGUGUGUGUGUGAUUAUGGGCCUCCUUAACACAGGGUUACCAUGGACAGGCAUGCUUCCAAAGCUUUGUGAUUUUUUUAGCACACGAUUUCCUUUGUAGUCAAGCUGCAGAGUCAGAAGCCACUCUAGCUCUGAGGAUGAGUCAUUGCAAACCUCUCUGUUUUUCUGUUCAGUGGUAGUUAACCCUAAGGUCACAGUGACAGUUACGUUUAUAGUCUUGAUUAGUUUCGGCAUUGAGGCUCGGUUAGAAGGUAAUUGCGCCUUCUGUUAAUUGCUGCUUUCUUUCUUCAUGGACGGUUGCUACGAAUGGUUGAAGCACCAAAUUUGUAUUGCCACAGUGACGCCCCCCUCUCGUAUGACCUGGGGGGGGGGCGACGCGCUGUGUGAUUGGCUGUAACACCCUGCAAUCACACGAUCUCACCAUCCAGUCAGUAUUUCACUCCAAAUGAACUUUUAGGGCUGGUGUACAGAUGCUGCAAGACCUCUCGAUCACAUUUCUUUGGCCGAGGUUUGCUCACGUCACAAAACAUUAUGAUUUAUUCAUACUGAGUCUGAAUUAUAAUAUGCUGGUAAAACUGAUUACAGCAAAAUAUAGUACACACCAGAAAUCCACUUAAUAAAUAAUAAUAAUAACUAGAUGCUAAAUGUUGGGUCGAUGUGUUAAAGUAUUGGAUACAGAUCUGAAAUGGCUUCUAGUUAUAUGAUUGACCUUUAAUCUAGUCUGGUCCUUGAUCAUAUUUCACAUUAGACAAGUGUGGCCACAGUAUUGCCAUAGCCAGGUUUGGUACUCAGGCCUUUACAUUGCACAGGACACAAGUCUCAUUUAGGUAUUUCUAACUAUUUUACAAAAUGAAUAUGGUGUUACUUUAUAGGACGUAAGCCCACUCAGAAUCAGCUCGUGGUGUGAGGCGUCAUACUAAUCUGGACAUUUGUCGUCCUGGUGCACAGUCAACGAGACCCCAGGACUUGACUGAAAGUCUGUAUCAUACCAGAGGAGACUCCACCCACACGGUAACACACGUCAGCUUACGACCCUUAGUCCUCACUUUACUUCUUACCGUUAUGGACUCACUGCUCUGACUCGCUCCUACGUGUUAAGCAAAGCAGGACUGUGGCGUGGAAGGGUACGGGUGAGCACAUCGCCAUACACUGCAUCCUGUGCCAGUAACAGACUUCUGACAUUAUUAUGCAAACUGAAUGUGAAUGUUGAAUGUGUUUCAGUGGCUGUUGCUCUUUUGUGGUUAUGCUCGUGCUGGGAAACCUAAAGACGCCUGUAACCUUCAUGGCAUUUCUGUCGUCCAGUAUUAUUUGGCUUUCCUUUCUUCUUUUGUCCUUAAAGCACCUCGUUAAAACAGGCACUGUGGUGUUGGUACCAGAAGCUAACAGGUUACAUUCUAGUGUGUGUUAGUUUAAGCUUCAGCUGCUCUACUGUUCAAACUGCAAGUUCUUAUGGUAGAUUUGGGAUCGGUUCAGUGGGUCAUGGUUUUAUGUUUUACUUUAUGUAUUACUUACUUGUUAACUAUUAGUUUCCUAGUUCUAAGUUUUACAGGGAGACUUUUGAAUGGUGAAGUAGUGGAAAUAGUAUCCAAGCUGCUGCAGUGGACUCCUAUCAGCCAGUAACAUAACAGCCAUCAAUGAAACUAUGUAACAAAUGACAGUAGUAACUUAAAUCCAAGAUUAAAUUACAAUAGGAAGAUUCUUGGCCAAAGUGUAAUAACAUUCAUAAAUGUCUAGAAGUUCAGAUCCACUUACUUUCUCACAGAAGGACACAGAAUAUAGUAAACGUGCAGCCACUCCAGAAUCUAGUUCCGAGGUAUAUGUGAAUCCUAGUCACACCCAACACUGUCCAUGUGUAUCAGAAGUGCCAAAACAGAGCCAGUCGUGUCUGUUUAAAUGCUGUUCGCUUUUAUACACAGGAGAGAUUCAAAGACCUGUGGUGCCCCCGUGUGGACGGAAGCAGCAUUGCAGUGUUUGUUAUACAUUAUAUAGGUUAACAUGAGUUCUGAGGUGUUGUGUUACAGUAGAAUGGUAUGAGUGGGUGUAAUCCUACAUCCCACAAGAUAUGCAAAAACAAUGCAAUAACAAUGACUGUAUACAAGGAUCCCCCAGUAAAUAUAGUAGAAAGUACAAUGUCACAAGAUUUUUAAUUUCCUGUGCUGUACAUUUAAGUAGACUCAGCCAUGUCCAUGCCAGACGACCUAUCAUACUUGAAAUCAGGUACAUUGAAGUGCAGUAUAGCAAACUAUAUUUAUUUAUCUUUCUGGUAUCAGAAGCGAUGGACCUGCAUCCAAAGUCAACAAUGCGUAUUGAGACAGUGGCCUGAGUGCAGGUUGUUGUGUUUGUGGGUUAGCAACCAGCCGAGAGGCUGAUGGUUUAUUUUGGCGGCUCAGCAGCAGCAUCAGCUUCACUUCUCCUUCCUGACUCAAUACUGUUGGCUGUUCUUACAGUUCAUUUCCAGUUCUCCUUUUCUUUUUUAUUUCUUGUUACUUGAUGGAGCUCUGAUGUGUUGCGGUGUUGCAUGAGGUAUUUCACUAGUCUAUCACCUUAUGGCAGUAGCUUAUCUUAUUUUGCUUUCGUAAUAGUUACUAAGCUCUGCAUUUCUACAUUAAUAUGUGAAUGUUGACAGCAGCUAUUUGGACGAUGAUGGAAAAUGAUUUUGGAAAUCUUGCCUCAGUUUAAUUAUCAGUUCUUAACCUUGCAAAGGAUAGAGGUCAUAUUUAGAUUAUGAUUAUUAAUGCCACGAGACAUGGGAUAAAUAGCAAACUGCUGUUUUCUGGCAGGUGUCACUGAUUCCUUGUCGUUGUGUUGCCACAGUCUCUCGUCUCACUUUGUCUCCACCUUGUACUUGUUCCUCUGCUGACGUGGGAGACCGACCAGUGGGAACAACUUGAAUGAAAUGGACCAAAUUAUUUAUCAUUUGUGGUUUUAGCAUAAAAAUACUAUUAGGUUAAAACCUCGGACUCAGGAUGGACAAAUACACACACAGAAAGCACUAAGUAGCCUCUACACCUGCUUAGUUGUUAUAUUCAAGCACAAAGUGAACAGUAUGAAGCAUCUACAGGAUUAAAAGCUAAGUGUAAGCUGGUCUUAAGCAUGUAACAGACAGGUUUAGGGCUUUAGAGUUGAAUGUAUAGAAGAAAGAACAUUACCCAAAAUCCACCUGUAGUAUUUUUCUACAAGUUCUCUUUUCACACAACAUUUAAACUGUCUUAAAGUAUCAGUCAGAGAUGGCUCCAAAUCAUCAUGCCACAGUUCUUCUAUGUACCCAUGAUGGUAAUUACUCUACAAUGUGUGGAGUUCCCCUUUAAAGCUAAUUACACCUGGCCAUAGCUCUAGUCACGUACUGUAUGGGUGUUUGUUUGUCCGUCCUGCAUCCAGUGGUCAAACUCUCCUCCGCCGCCUCCAAAGGUGCAGUCAAAGCUCCUACUCCUCCCUCAGACAAACGCAGAGACGAAGAAGCCGGCCUGGUUUCUGUCCGGACAGUGUGUGGUUGUAGGAGGCUACUUUGAGGGUUGUAUGUUUGGAUUUCGGAUAAUGUUUUAUGCGUAUGGGCUCCUCCAGGGGAUAGAAGCGUCAGUCAUGUGAAUGAGAACAAGGUUUGUCUCACCACUAGGCAACGAUUGUAUAUUUUUAAUAACACAUAUAGCAAAAUAUAUAGAAAUAUAUCAUAUUUACUCACCAGAAUGUUAGAGCAAGGAAAGGGGCAACACUUACAGUAUUAGAGAAUGUAUUUAAUGAAAUAUUGGUCAUAAUGUGUGUUAUAUAGGCCUACUGACUAAUAGUCGGUAUGUUUUUAAUGAACAGUCCCACAUCAUUAGUUUCCAGCAGGGAAUGUAUCCUCCUAUUUACUACAGAAGAAACAUUGUAUAGUUCGAUGGCAUGUAAGCACUGGGCAGGUUUCACAGCAGACAGAGGUGAUUCCCAGACUGGAUUCUCAGUCCACACAAAUAUGGCUUGAUCUUCUCCAUCCAUGACAGGUGAUACAACUCCUGACAUCCGUCUAGCGUUGGUCACGUUUUUAAAAAAAGGCCCAACGCCUCAUGUGCUUAUCGUGCUUCUUGUUUGUGUUGUUAAAUUGGCUGAGGGACGUUUAACCUACCAGCAACUUGUCCUUGCGAGUCAAAGUCUGGACACUCUCCGACUGUAGCAACGAGAGGCUCGUCUCUCUUUAACUAGUCCUACAUCAGCGAAAUAUCUACAGACAGUUUUACACUGUUGUGCUUUUUCAGAUGUGUUAAUGAAGCUCUCUAUGCUUUGAGCCAUGAUAACAUGUAGCCUCUUUCUUCUUCCAAGAUGGAUUUUGGGAGAACCUGAGCUUCUGGCGUCAGAGAGAGAUUAAACAGAAGAGCUGUAGCUGCUGUACCUGACAGUCACUGAGCUGCUCAGUAUAUACAAAGACAUUGACGAAACACGAGAGCUGUGUGUUUAAACCUGUUGAUUUCAGAGCGUGAGGCUUGAGAGCAGGAACUCCUCUUGUCUCGAUCGCGAGGAUCUCCCCAUUCGGAUCCACAACACUCCAACAGAUGUAUGUUAUAUUUUCUUGUAAAGUGGAGCGUUUGACGGUCAUUGUUUGAUUCUGACAAAAAAAAUAUUUUAAGAGGACUAUUUUGAAUAUAGAUUUAUUUUUCUUUGAUUCUAGGUAAAUCAGCGUCGCCUGUCGCUGUAGGAUUCUCAUUAGUCUGUCUGAAUCCAGUUGAGACGUGAAUUCCCUUUUCAGGAGAGCAGCAGAGCGUCGCCUCCUUGUUUUCCUGUCCUAAGGAUUUAUUUUGAUGUCACUGAUGGUGAUGAAAGCUUUGAAAGAAAGAAAGCAAAUAUAUUGUCAAGAAUAGGUUUAUAUUGCAAGUGUCUUAUAUUUUAGCUAUUAUCUAUGAAAACUAUGUCUCUAAUAUAAAGUAUUAAAAGAUAGUAUGGAGUGAGAUGUUGCAGUGAUCAAAAUGACUCUUGUUUGGGGCUAAGAUGCUCAGAUUGGGUCUAGAGGUGCUGUAGAUGUAUUGUUUGUCUCCACACAGGACAGCGUGUCAGUAAUGGACCCGAAGCACAAACCCGUCGGCUUUAUCAUCAGCUGAAUGUUUGUACUAGGUUGAAGGACAUUUGCCUUUGUAAAAGCAGGAUUUGUGCAGCACAUGCAGUGGGAGUCCGAACAAAGGUAAUUGACAGUAUUCAAAGUUCCCCUCCUGUUAUACUGCACUAAUAACACUUUUGAAUUCUUCUUAACUCUAUUGAUUUUCAUGCAUGACAAAUCUCACAGGCGCAUGUGAAGAUGUCACCAAGUGGAAGAUUUGACCUGUUUUCAGUAGAUACAAACCCCCGUUCGUGUUCUCUGGGGCUCGUGAGUCCUUUUAUGAAUCUGCUCGACAACAUGUGCUUUCCCCCUAGAUUUAGGAGUAACUUAUAGCGUAGCUGAAUAUAACUCACCCAUUGUGUAGCAGCACCUACAGCAGCAUCCCUGUGUGAACAUAAAAGUGUUACUGUAAGGACCUGGAAAGGAUGGUGUUUGUCCACUCACUCCUUGUGUUAUUGUUCAUCUUACACUUACUUGAAUCAUGCGUCAUGAGAGCCCUGUUUGCACAUGUGACAAAACCACGAGCACCACUUUCCUGAAGAAAAAGAACGCUGCACCCUCGGCCCGGCCGGCCGAGGAGGCUUUUCUGUGCCAGCUAGUGUUUACUUCAGCUAACAGCUCUAGAGGUGUGGCAGUAGCUUUAUGAUGCAGACUCCUUGUCAGUGGUUCUGGUGUGAACGCGACCCGUUCUCUGUCGCUGCCUCCUCCUCCAUCUGCUCAUCCUCUCGCACCGUGAAUGGUAAUUGUUUCUACUCUAUCAUCUCUUGAAUGUAGGACGCAGCGAUGCUCUUACUGGUGUUUGGGAAAUCCUCAUUUUGUAUUUGGAGGUUAGAUUGAAGCUACUGGUUAGUGUUUGGAUAUUUAUUUCUGACUACAACAGCCAUGCAGGAUCUGGUUUUGACUCUUUCUUGACGCACUCGAUCUUUACAGGUCCCGAUUCCAUGUGGCUCCACCUUGCUAAGAGUUAGAAACUAGUGCUCCUCGUAUGCCUGUGUGUGUAAAUGCAGCUUUACUGAAUGACCUGGUCCUCGUGGGGACAUCGCAAGUGUCAUGUACAAUCAGUGUUUUCUUCCCUCAGUUACGUGGAAACACCUCUUUACUGCAUGCAGGCGUUACUUAAACUUUCUCUCCAGGCAGAGCGUCCCCGGCCGUGUGCGACUCUGACGAUUCAACAGCACGCGGUCCACAGCUCCAUGUAAAGUCGUGUGCAACGAAGGCUUUUCUGUCGGGCUAUGUGGCUCUGGUCUCCACUAGUCGGUAGUGUCUUAUAAUCUUGUUCAUAGUCUUAGUUCACAACUCAUGCAAAGUGUUAAAGGGACUUUGACAGGAUUAAGAUGUUUGUUUGUUUUUAUUUUUUCUGUCAGGGGGAAAGAUUGUCGUUAAUUCUCUGGACUAUUCUUUGGGAGAGAGAUGUUCACAACGAGACCAGUUUGUUGUAAUAUUAGUAGUGACACUACUGUUAAAUGUAGAAAUUAAUAACAGCACUAUUUACGGUCAGAAAAUGAACUAGAGUGUAUUAUUGUGCUUGCGGUAGCUUUGGAGGCAGGUGGCUGUUUUCUGAGUUCUCUAACAUAAGCCACUUACCCUCAACUGUGCGAGGGGUUCCAUUGGUUCUGAGGUUUCUAAGUGACGCUGGCCCAACAUCAUUUAGGCUCCUCAGUUACCAUCUGUCUCCAUGGUGACGACUGCACGGUCUCACGGUUGACACACCCUUUUCUUCUUCUACUUCUUUCAAUUUUCUAAUUGAGAGUUCUUGAUUUUUUUUCCUUUCUGUUGAUGCAUUUCAUUUUAGAUUUUAGAGAGAGAAAGAAUACAAAUGAAAUAAAUCAGAAUAUUAAUUCAAUCACUUUUUCUACUCCUAUUUUCAAUAAAAAGUGAAACAAAAAAACAAACAAAAAGUUGAUUUGUAAAUAAGUAAUGUACAGUUUGUAUCUGUAACUUGUCAGUCUGUCAUUGGUGACAGAGUCUGUCUUGCUUAUAACGCACGCUACCAGUAAAUAAAAAAGGAAAAAGUAUAUUUAGACUGUAUGGUCCCUUGAAAGCAAGUUUUAAAUUAAUAUCUGAUGUAUAUUCCUGUAACAUUGCAUUUUUAUCUGAGGAAUGAUGUUAUUAAAAAAUUGCAAAUAAAUUGCAUUUCCUACA